UUCAUCUCUUUCUCAAAUUAGCAAAAACUAACGUAGCUCUCUUUCUCUGUAACGUAGCUAUGGCCGGAAAAGGAGAAGGUCCGGCUAUCGGAAUUGAUCUCGGAACAACGUAUUCUUGCGUGGGCGUUUGGCAACAUGAUCAUGUUGAGAUCAUCGCAAAUGACCAAGGCAACCGUACCACGCCAUCUUACGUUGCUUUCACUGAUACGGAACGUCUCAUUGGUGAUGCAGCUCAGAAUCAGGUUGCCAUGAACCCUACUAACACUGUUUUCGAUGCGAAGCGCCUUAUUGGGAGGAGGGUUAGCGAUCCGACUUUACUGAGUGACAUGAAAAUGUGGCCAUUUAAAGUUAUUGCUGGACCUGGUGAAAAGCCAAUGAUCGGUGUAAACUACAAGGGUGAAGAGAAGCAGUUUGCGGCUGAAGAAAUCUCAUCUAUGGUACUUACAAAGAUGAAGGAAAUCGCCGAAGCCUUCCUUGGAUCAACUGUAAAGAAUGCUGUGGUAACAGUACCUGCAUACUUCAAUGACUCACAACGUCAGGCUACUCAGGACGCUGGUGUCAUUGCUGGUCUAAAUGUCACGCGUAUUAUCAAUGAGCCUACGGCUGCUGCCAUUGCUUAUGGUCUGGAUAAAAAAACUAGUAGUGAAGGUGAGAAGAACGUGCUUAUCUUUGAUCUUGGUGGUGGUACUUUUGAUGUCUCCCUUCUUACAAUCGCAGAGGGAAUUUUUGAGGUGAAAUCCACAGCAGGGGAUACUCAUCUUGGAGGAGAAGAUUUUGACAGCAGAUUGGUUGCUCACUUUGUUUUGGAAUUCAAGAGAAAGCAUAGGAAGGACUUUACAAGUAAUAAGACAUCAUUAAGGAGAUUGAGGACAGCUUGUGAGAGGGCGAAGAGAACUCUUUCUUCCACUGCACAGGCGACUGUUGAAAUCGAUUCGUUAUAUGAGGGAAUUAACUUCAACUCCACCAUCACGCGUGCCAAGUUCGAGGAGUUGAACAUGGAACUCUUCAAGAAGUGUUUGGAUCCAGUUGAGAAAUGUUUGAGGGAUGCUAGAAUGGACAAGAACAAUGUUCAUGAAAUCGUUCUUGUUGGUGGAUCAACUAGAAUUCCAAAGGUACAACAGCUGUUGCAGGACUUCUUUAAUGGGAAGGAGCUUUGCCAGAGCAUCAACCCCGACGAAGCUGUUGCCUAUGGUGCUGCUGUGCAAGCAGCCAUUCUUAGUGGAGAGGGUAAUGAGAAGCUUCAAAGUUUGCUCCUUUUGGAUGUCACCCCUCUAUCAGUAGGACUCGAAAUUGCGGAAGGACUUAUGACAGUCUUGAUUCCAAGGAACACCACGAUUCCCGCUAAGAAAGAGCAGAUUUUCUCGACUUACUCCGAUAACCAACCCGGAGUUUUAAUUCAGGUUUAUGAGGGAGAGAGAGCACGGACAAGAGACAACAAUUUGUUAGGUAAAUUCGAGCUCUCUGGUAUACCUCGUGUACCAAGAGGUAUUCCUCAGAUCACUGUCUGCUUCGGUAUCGAUGCCAAUGGCAUCUUAAAUGUCUCCGCUGUGGACAAAACUACCGGACAGAAGAACAAGCUUACAGUUACAAAUGACAAAGGUAGGCUAUCGAAGGAAGAAAUCGAAAAAAUGGUCCAGGAUGCUGAGAAGUACAAGGCGGAUGACGAAGAACACAAGAAAAAAGUAGAGGCUAAAAGUACAUUGGAGAACUCUGCUUGAAACAUGAAGAACACAAUGAAGGAUGAGAAGAUUUGCGCUAAGCUUAGCCCGGAAGAUAAGAAAAAGAUCAAGGAUGCUAUCGAUCAAACAAUUUCAUGGCUUGAAAGCAACGAACUUGCAGAGGCUGAUGAGUUUGAAGACAAAAUGAAGGAGAUUUAAGGCAUUUGCAAUCCCAUUAUUGCCAAGAUGUAUCAGGAUGGAGGUGCACCUAUGAGUGAAGGUCCACCAUCUGCUGGUGCUACUGCUGCAGAUCCCAAGAUUGAGGAGGUGGACCAAGUGAAGUGAUACAUAGAACAAUUUAUUUAUUUUUGUUUCUAUUAGUGUAGAAACAUAGCUAGAUUUAUUUGUUUUUGUCUUUUCAUUUGGUUUAAGACUAUCAAAAUGGUGAUGUUCAUUCA